AUGGUAGAAUGCGAAAAAUGCCUUGGAUGGUUUCACUUCGACUGUGUUGGCGUGGGAGAUUCUAUAGCAGAUCGUCCGUGGAGAUGUCCUGACUGCGAAAAGGGCGGGAAAGAUACGACGGAAGGUGUUCCGAAAAGUGUCGAUGGUAGAUCCCAGAUAUCUCGUGUAAGUAACACGUCAUCUACGCGCGCUGCGAAAGCGGCUCUAGAACUGCAGGUGUUGGAGGAAAAAAGGCAGCUGGAACUUCGACGGAUUGAGGAGGAGAAGCGCCAAGAAGAAGAAGAAGCCGCCCUUGAGCUAAAGCGCCGCGAAGAAGAGCGUGCAUUCGCAAAAUCCCAACUGGAUCGGAAUAAGGCUCGUCAAGAAACCCUUCGGAAGUUAGAAGAAAUGUACCUGGAGAAAAAGCAUAAAAUUUUAAGUGCGCAAAUCGACGAAGCAGGCAGCCGAAGAAGCGGUAUAAGCAGUUUUCCACCCACACGAACCAAAGAAUGGGUAGAAAGUCUGCCAUCCAUUAGCGGUGACGAAAACCAAGAACCGGUGCUCAAAAAAAAUCCACCGAUGAACUCAACGAGCCUUAACAAACCACCUGGAAGAAAACCAGAGUUCGACAUUUCGGAACUUCAUCCGGUUAGUAGUGGCCAAGAGGUUGCUACUCCGAUGCCUCAUCAGCAAGAUCGAGAAGACCAAACUCCGCCAAGGAGACGAACACAUACUGAAGCCCAGCUCGUGGCUCGUCAAUACCUACCGAAGGACUUACCUCCCUUCACGGGUAGCCCAGAAGAAUGGCCCGUGUUUUAUAGUAGCUACGAGAUCGGAAAUAAGGAAUGUGGAUUUUCCAAUGUGGAAAAUCUCCUUCGGUUACAACGCAGCUUAAGUGGUGAUGCUUUAGAAGCAGUACGAAGCAGUCUUCUAGUACCGGACAUGGUUCCACAUUUGAUGGAAACUCUGCGCAUGCUUUACGGCAGACCGGAAACGCUGAUCAGCUCUCUUCUGGUCAAAAUACGGAACACUCCAGCCCCAAGGGAGGGUAAGUUGGAAACGGUAAUUUCCUACGGGUUGGCGAUUCAAAAUUAUUGCAGUCACCUAGUGGCAGCAGGACUUGAAGCACAUCUGUCGAAUCAAACAUUGCUUCAAGAGUUUGUCGAGAAGCUUCCAUCAGACAUCAAGUAUAAGUGGGCAGAAUAUAUUGAAGCAGCUCCGGUAGUCGACCUGGGGUUGUUUGGAAAGUUCAUUUCCGGAGUAAUUCGCAAAGCAAGUGCAGUCACCGUCUACACAGCACCAGGAACUAACUAUAAGUCUUCGAAAGCAGAAGAAAAUAGGUCGCGAGGAGCUGGAGCAAAACCAAAGAAUUGUGCUCAUCAUAGCGACUACCGGUCAGGAGAAGGACCAAGUGAAGUUACAAUGACACAGCGCAGCGGAAGGGUUUGCUCGGUCUGCAAUGAAGGAAAUCACUGGGCAGAUAAGUGCGAUAAGUUUAACAAUAUUUCGGUUGACGAACGUCUAAUCCGGCAGAAAAUCCAGCUCCACGGCGAGUACGCCAGCAUACCCGGCGGAAUUGCCAGUUCCCCGGCGGGUACGCCAGCUUAUCCGGCAGAAAUGCCAGGCUACCCGACGAAAAUGUCAGCUAAUCCGGCAGAAUUGCCAGCCUUCCGGCGAGUACGCCAGCUUGUCCGGCAGAAAUUUACCAUAUACAACCAAUCUAAAUCAGUUGAUACCUUUGCUCUGUUCGACGAAGCUUCGGAAGUGACGAUGAUAGAGACAAGUCUGGCGCAGAAACUGGAGUUGAAAGGCUUUCCAGACCCUUUACAUCUGAAGUGGACUGGAAAUGUAACCCGUGUUGAAGACAAUUCCCAGACAGUUCAAGUGGGAAUAUCGGAGAAGGGGAAAGGCAUGAAGUACGUCCUGAAGAAUGCACGAACCGUCGAUGCCUUGGAGCUUCCCGUCCAAUCGAUUGAUACAAAAAAACUGGUCGCAAACUACCAACAUCUAAAGGGGUUGCCUAUUCAAGAUUAUAGCUUUGCCCGACCACAGAUCUUGAUUGGGCUCGAAAAUGUUCAUUUAGCAACUCCACUCAAGGUGCGUGAAGGGUUUCAGGGCCACCCCAUCGCAACGAAAACACGGCUAGGGUGGUGCUUAUACGGAGGUGUUGUUGAUUCUAUUGAAAAGAGAUCCCAUCAUGUACUACAUAGUUGUUCUAUCAAAGAAGACCGUUUUCUUCAUGAUUUGGUGAAAGAUUACAUCAUGGUAGAUAACUUGGGGGUAGUAGGAAAUAUACCAACACUAGAGUCCCGAGAGGAUAAACAAGCCCGUGAAAUUUUAGAAUCUACAAGUCGACGUAUCCCCGGAGGAUUCGAAACCGGGUUGUUGUGGAAGAACGCGAAUGCUGCCUUCCCUGAUGGUUUUCCAAUGGCGGUCAAGCGUCUUCAAUGUUUUGAGAAAAGGAUCUAUAAAAAUCCUGAACUUGUACGCAAAGUGAAGGCACAAAUCGAAGAUUACUUGGUGAAAGGCUACGCCCACAAAACAACGGCUUCAGAAAUCGAGUCGGCAAACCCCAACAAAACUUGGUUUCGAGCCAGAAGAAUCGCUAUAUGUGGCGACGUGAAAGAGAUGUUUCACCAAAUCAAAAUACGAAAAGAAGAUAGAUCAGCACAACGUUUCCUCUGGAGAGACAACCCCUCAGAUCCACCUUGCAUCUACACAAUGGACGUGGCAACGUUUGGGUCAGCCUGCUCGCCAUGCUCGGCUCAGUUUAUUAAAAACCUCAACGCCGAAGAAUUUAAACACCUGUUCCCAAUGGCUACUGAAGCUAUUAUUCAUGGAACCUACGUGGACGACUUCCUAGAUAGCAGAAAUACUGAAGAAGAAAUCAUCCGGCUGGUUGAAGAGGUUAAAUAUGUACAUUCUCAAGGAGGGUUCGAGAUACGAAACUUCGUGUCAAACUCUACGAUCGUUCUAAAUGAAAUCGGCGAAGUUAAUGCUCCUCUUUCGAAGGAUUUCGGUCUGCUGACGUCAGAAAAGGCUCUUUCGGUGUUGGGUAUUCGGUGGUUACCUAAACUUGACAUUUUUACUUUUACGUUAAAUCUCCCGCAACUGGACACUAGACUACUAAAUGGUAUGCUUCGCCCAACAAAACGCCAAGUGCUUAGUACAGUGAUGAGUCUGUAUGACCCACUCGGAAUGCUCGCCGCCUUUGUGGUUCAUGGGAAAAUUAUUAUACAGACCCUAUGGAAGACCGGGUGCAAGUGGGAUGAACCAAUCGAUGAUAGCACGUUUGCUAAUUGGAAGCGCUGGACCAACUUAUUUUCUCGUCUUGGUGAAGUUCGAAUCUCUCGACCCUAUUUCGGACAAGGUUCACCUGAAACUUGUCAGCCAAUACAAAUGCACACCUUCGUUGAUGCCAGCGAAGAAGCGUAUGCUUGUGUUAUCUAUUUUCGCUAUUUCGAUCGCGGUUUUCCGCGCUGUACUUUGGUAGGCGCUAAAUCAAAGGUAGCUCCAGUAAAACCACUCUCGAUUCCACGCCUCGAACUACUAGCUGCUGUUCUAGGAACACGAAUGGCAAACUACAUUCAAGAAAACCACCAAAUAUCGAUCUCCCAGAGAUUUUACUGGACCGAUUCCUCAACUGUGCUUCACUGGAUACAUGCUGAUGCUCGAAAAUAUCAUUCCUACAUCGCUUGUAGAAUCGGAGAGAUUCUCACAUCCACGAACUUGAACGAAUGGCGAUGGGUCUCAUCUCGUGAUAACGUUGCGGAUGAAGCCACAAAAUGGGGGCAUGGCCCCUGUUUCGAAGAAAGUAGUAGAUGGUUCCACGCUCCUGAGUUUUUGUGGGAGCUCGAAUCAACUUGGCCAAAUCAGAAAUGGCAAGCCGUAAAUGUGCAAGAAGAACUACGAUCUAGCUGCUUUCAUCAUCAGACGAGUAAGGAAAUGUUAGUGGAUUAUACACGGUUCAGCAAAUGGGAACGCAUACAUCGUACGAUAGCCUAUGUCUUCAGAAUUUGUACGCGGAAAGAAGACGACCAAGUCAGCCCUCUUGAAUAUUUGAAACAAGAGCAUCUUAAGAAAGCAGAGCUGGAGUUAAUCCGAAUCAUUCAGCGGGAAACCUUCCAAGAUGAGAUAACUGUGUUGCAGAAGUGCCGAAAUGGCAAGCGUGCGGGGGCGGUGCCGAUCGCUAGUCCGCUGUAUAAAUUGUCGGCGUAUAUCGACGAAGAAGAAAUUGUUAGAAUGGACAGUCGUAUCGGCGCUGCCCCCAACCUGCCGAUCGAAGCUAAGUGUCCGAUUAUUCUAGCAAAAAACCAUCGUCUAACUUUUCUUCUUGUAGAUUUCUACCACCGUCGGUAUCUGCACCGUAACCACGAGACCGUUUUCAACGAACUACGACAGCAGUUCUACGUGCCUGGAUUGCGAAAACUGAUUCGCACCGUUACAGCUCGAUGCCAGUGGUGCAAGGUGUACCACAAAAAUCCAACUCAACCGAAGAUGGGACCUCUUCCAAGAGCGCGUCUCGUCGCGUUCCAGCGACCGUUUACUUUCGUGGGUCUAGAUUACUUCGGCCCGCUCUUCGUUAAAGUAAAACGCUCCCAUGCGAAACGAUGGAUCGCACUUUUUACGUGCCUUACCACCCGAGCUGUGCACAUGGAGGUCGCUCAUAGUUUAUCAACAACAUCCUGUAAAAUGUGCAUUCGAAGAUUUAUCGCGCGACGAGGGGCCCCUGCUGAGAUAUACUCGGAUAAUGGUACAAAUUUUCGAGGAGCAGCGAAUGAACUUCGAGAGCAAUUGCAGAACAUCAAUCAACGAUGUGCCGAAUCUUUUACGAACACGAAUACUAAAUGGGUUUUCAACCCUCCAGCGGCUCCGCAUACUGGCGGAGUCUGGGAACGUCUUGUGCGCUCGGUAAAGACGGCUCUAGAAUGCUUUCAUGAUGCGCCUAAGGUCCCCGACGACGAAACUCUCGAAACUAUCAUACUAGAGGCCGAAAAUAUUGUCAACAGUCGACCUCUAACGUAUAUACCUCUCGAUUCGACUAAUCAAGAGGCUCUCACUCCGAACCACUUCCUGUUGGGCUCAUCAACGGGUGCCAAGAUGCCCUCACAAGAACCAGUCAGUCCACUUGAAGGUCUACGCAAUAGCUGGAACCUCGCCAGAACCAUUUCUGACAGCUUCUGGAAGCGGUGGUUGAAAGAGUACCUUCCGACGAUUGCCAGACGAACCAAGUGGUUUGAAAAAACCAAACCCCUCGAGCCAGGUGACUUAGUGUUCGUGGCCGACGAGAAAAGGCGCAAUAGCUGGAUUCGGGGCCAAAUUGAAGAGGUUUACCCCGGAAAAGAUGGGGAGGUUAGACAGGCAAUGGUGCGCACGAAUCACGGCCGUAUUCGACGAGCUGCAGGGAAUCUAGCAGUAAUCGACGUCGUUGAUGAUGGUAAGACCGAACUAGAAGCUGUGACCUCGUCUUACGCUGGGGGGAAUGUUACGGCCACGAUUCCCUCUGGCUGCCCUAAUAAUUGA